UCUACGAACAACGGUAUAUCGACAGUGCCGAAAAGUAGUUGCGGCUUAUGUAGUUCCACAUAUUCAGGUGUCGCUAAUACGCGGGAGAUUCCCUCUCCGAUUCAAUACACAAGAACACAAGUUUGAUAAACAGAAGUAGAGACUAGAAGAUAUUGUCAGUUAUAAGUCAUUGUCAGUCGAAUCGGUUAUAAAGUGCCUCGCAAGAGAUCGUUGAUUUACAGCUGAACAUUGAAGUAUUUUUACACGCGUGAACAGCUAUCCGUUCUUUAUCGUUUUUAGACUGAUAAUCAGUCGCAAGUGCAUAAAUCUUUAAUUCUUUACCAAUAUUGAAAUUGAUUAUUAUAAUCAUGGAAGCUAUAGAGGACGAACUACUGGAAGCUAUACAGAAAUGUUAUACUGAUUUGGAAUAUGAUACAAUUAAUUUGCCAGAUGGGGACGGCGAAGACACAGAUAUCGCAGAUAAAAUAUGGAAAAGCUAUUCAGCGGAAACGAAAAUAUUCACUUUAGGGAAGAAAAUGAACUUAGCGGACCGUAAUAACUUUUCAGAUAGAUUUCUUAAAACGGCAUCUGUAAUGGAAAAGAAUUUAUCAUUGUUUAAAGCUGAUGUAGAAUUUACGGAUAUAAUUACGACUAUUAUCAAAUACUUAAAUUAUUUUGGCAUGAAGUUUAUGCUCCAUCACAGUAAAUAUGAUGAAGAAUAUGAGAAGGAUGAUAUAGUCUUGUUAGUACUAUUUACAAUCCUGAAAAUGUGUGAUGAAUAUAGUGAGAUAUUAUGUCAUUUUAUAAUAAAUGCCAUCAUUACAAAAUCAGCAUUGGAAAAAUCGAUUCAAUAUCAACAUUUGAAACAAACGUAUAAUAGUAAGAUAAGCACAUUAAUAAUUAAUGUGAUAAAAAUCUGUAGCUCUUCUCGUAAUCAAGAUUUUAAAUAUUUUGUUAUAGGAGACACCCAAACAGUAAUAAUUUUGGCAGAUUCUGAUUUAUAUGCGUUCAUUACAUAUUAUAAAUAUGUCGGUAUGUCUAUAUCUCGUAUUUGGGUUCAAGAUCCAAUAAAAGAGAAGUUUUUAUGGCUUAUGAAUAACAUCGGCGGGAUCGGAAAUAUUCAGGAUAUUUGGGAUAUUUGUACAUUUCGAACGAAGGAAGAGUUAUAUAUAGCCUGCUGGACUGCCUGGACUGCAGAUGAAAUGAACAUAAUAUCUAUAUGGACGGAAGAUAUUGCAUUUGCCAAAAACUUGGCGAUGUCUUUAUAUGGAGAUGUGAUAUUUAUAAAUACCUACAUGGACUUUUACAAUGGUAUCGUACUCUUGCCAUUUACAAAAAUAUUUGGCAAAACGGUGCAUAAAUUGUGCAAGCCUGAUUUUGAUGAUUCUAUGAAAAAGAUGAGUGUGGUAAAAAGUUCAGUUAACAAUUUAUUUUACGAUGGUAUGUGGCAAUUGCCUGUAAAAGGCACAUAUUGGAUACAUGAUGAUAGACAGUGGGCAAAUGCAACAAGUGACGAUGUUAACAAAUGCAUUAAUUCAGCCGAGAAAGGAUUCAAAAUUUGGAGUAGUAAAUCUGUUGCUUGUAGAACGCAAAUAUUAUCUAAAUUUACAUCCGUGUUAGAGGGCAGUGGGGAAUCUGUAUUGGCAGAUGUAGUAUCAAAAGAAAUAAAAUUUUCAUGUGUCUAUGCAAAUUCUUUAUUUUACGUCUCACAAAGUGAAGGGUUAGAUGUAACAAAAAUUCGUAAUCCAAGAGGCGUUAUUAUUUUGAAGGAGGAAAAUGAAGCUAUUUUAUUUAGUCGACUGAUGCAAAUUUUAAUUGUUGGCAAUUCUGUCAUUGUGAUAUGCGAUGCAAAUUCUUGUAGUUUAGUACCAUAUUGUAACAUGUUUCAGAUAUCUGAGAUACCACCAGGUGUUAUAAAUUUAUUGUCUAGAAAAGAUGUAAAGGAGCUAGAAUUAUUAUGCGGGAUGGACUACGAAAGUUAUGAAAAACAGUUCUUCUCAGAAGACGAUCUCGAGAAAACAUACAUAAACCUUUCUAAACCGAAGCAUAUUGUAGUUCCAUUUAAAUAGUUUUAAUAUGUAACUUCUAAUUUGUUUGUAACAAAAACAUGGGUAUAUUCAUAUAAACAUUUAUAAUAUGCAUAUAUUUAUUUCUAUAUUUAUUUUAUAUUUUCCAUCAUUCAUCCAUAAAUUCUUUAGAAUAAAGCUAAUAAUUCAAGAUUAGAAAAUAAAAUUACCGCUAUUACCGGGUCUUAUAAUUAAAGUUGUUAUUGGAAGGAUUUUACAAAAUACUUUAAAUUUUGUCGACAGAAUGCUGACAGAAACGUAACAAUAGGUAACAGAAUGUGACAUGUUGAUUGGAGGCAAAAACUGAGAAAGUCUCAUUUCGUAUUUAAUCUUUAUAUGUUUAAGUUAAAUAUUUCUAUCAAAAUUUUGAAAGAUAAUGAAUUUUGCUUGGUUUAUGCCACUAAUCUGUUGUUACACUAUCUUUAUUAAAACAUCUAAUAAAGUCUACUGAAAUAUCUAAUCAAAUUUACUACUAAUUUGCUAGUACAUUAAUAUUUUGCGUAUUGGAUUCAGAAUACGUCUAGUAUUCUCACUCUCAGUCUAUACAGGUAUGCAGAAAUUUUAAAAAUUCAUUGCAAUAUCUUUAUCAUAAAAAUAACUUAUAUUUUCAAUAGCAAACUAUUCAUACUG